AACUCCUUUGGCGACGACCAGCUCAACGUGGACGUCGCCUGCGAAACCAUCAUGCGCGCCGCCCUCGCGCAGUGCCCCCUCGUCGCCACCGCCAGCAGCGAAGAGGACCCCGAAGAGAGACAGAUCCUGCACCCCGACGAGCCCUCUGAGAACAUCUCCUCCGACGAGCGCUUCUCCGUGGCCUUUGAUCCGCUGGACGGCAGUUCGAUCAUUGCGGCGAACUGGACCGUGGGCACCAUCGUGGGGAUCUGGAAGGGGGAGAGCGCGCUGGGCAAGGAUUCGAGCGAGCAGAUUUGCUCGUUGAUGGGCGUCCACGGGCCGAGGACGACGGUGAUUGUGGCUGUGAGGGAGAAGGCGCAGGAUAGGGGGGUUUGCUUCGAGUUGGGGUUGAAUGACGAUGGGACUGUGGAGGUGAUCAAUCACGAUGUGAGGCUGUCUGCGCCGCCCUACAAGACGCGGUACUUUGCGCCUGCAAACUUGCGCUAUGCGGCAGAGUCGCCGGCGUACGCGGCCCUCAUCUCGUCCUUUAUCACGAACAAGUACACCCUUCGGUAUUGCGGAGGGUUGGUCCCUGAUCUGGGCCAUAUUCUCACAAAGGGUCACGGCGUGUACGUUUCGCCCGUGGCGGAGACGAGCAAGGCCAAGCUGAGGAGGCUGUACGAGGUCCUUCCCGUGGGACUGGUGGUUGAGUGUGCGGGCGGAAAGGCGGUGGAUGAGUCUGGGAGGAGGGUGUUGGAGAAGGGGGUGAGCGGGUGUGAUGAGAGAGGCGGAAUUAUCUUUGGGAAUGAGGAUGAGGUUGAUGAGGUGGUGAAGGUGUUGUUUGGGUGA